CGAGGCUCAUCAUGCUAAAAAAUCUCUCGGGAUACCGGAGUUUGAUUACCCAUUCAUUAAUAGCCCAUAUUUAUCCCAAACUUCUCUUUCCCCUCCAUGUUCUCUCGAACGCUCAUCUCCUUCAGGACCGUGCUGGGCCGCCGCCAGGUCUCGUUCAGCCUACCGCCCACCAUCAACCAGCUCUUCAUGAACCCACCGCCUGCCAACACCGAGAUCACGACCCAGGGGUUGGUCAAGGCCAUCCGUGUGUUUAAAAAGGUGGCGUUUAUCGACAUUUCCGAUGGCCUGAACCACCAUAUGCUCAACGUAGUGAUACCCGAUCCGUCGCUCCUCGCGAACAGCGCGCUAGAACUCAAGAUCGGCCAGAACAUCCGCGUCUGCGGAACCUGGACCGAGUGUCUCAAAGGCUCGCAGUCACACGAGCUCCGCCUCAAUGCGGUAGAUGAAAAGGUGGCUAUUUUGGGCGAUGUGCCGGCCGACUACCCGCUCCAAAAGAAGUUCCACUCAUCCGCGUACCUCCGCAAGGAACUCCCAACGUUGCGCUUCAAGACGAACAAGCUCUCGUCAGUGCUCCGGUUCCGAUCGCUUGUAGAGUCGGAGCUUGGGGCUUUCUUUGCGUCGCACGAUUUUGUCAAGACGCAUCCACCGUUGAUCACCAGCUCCGACUGUGAGGGUGCCGGUGAGCUCUUCCAGGUGGAGAGAGCUGCCGCAAAGGGCAAGUUCUUUGGUAAAAACGCCUACUUGACUGUGUCCACGCAGUUGCACCUCGAGGCGAUCUGUAUGGCGCUUAACCGCGUGUGGACGUUGUCGCCGUGCUUCCGCGCCGAAACCUCUAACACCACGCGCCACUUGAGUGAGUUCUGGAUGUUAGAGGCGGAAGUUUCAUACGUGGAUAGUGUGCACCAGGUGACAGCUUUGGCUGAGGCUAUGAUCAAGCACGUGGUGCGCCAAUUGCAGCAGGACGGCCCGGGGGGCGUUGCGGACUUGGAAAAGUCGCGAUUUAGCAUGGAGGAGAUUGCGGUGAUGAAGCACAGAUGGGAGACGCUUCUUGCUGGUGACUGGCCAUCCGUCACCUACACCGAAGCGGUGACAAUUUUGGCGAAGCAGCACGAGCUGGUGCCGUUCAUGUACCGGCCAAUGUGGGGCGAGUCCUUACAAACAGAGCAUGAGAAGUGGCUCGCGGGGGAACACUUUGCGAGACCAGUAUUUGUCACCGACUAUCCCAAGGCGAUGAAGCCGUUCUACAUGAAGAUCAACGACGCGUCGUUGCCGGAAGCGCAGCAGACCGUGGGCUGCUUUGACUUGCUCGUACCUGAUGUCGGGGAAUUGAUUGGGGGCUCCAUGAGAGAGCACGACUACAGGAAGUUGCAGACGGAGAUCAUGCGGCUCGGGAUGAAGCCAGAGGAAGUGCAAUGGUAUGCAGAUUUGAGAACCUACGGGACGGUUCCCCACGGCGGGUUCGGCAUGGGGUUUGAGCGCUUGUUGUGCUACCUUGCCAACAUAGAGAACAUCAGGGACGUGAUUCCGUUCCCUAGGGCCGCCGAAAGCUGUGUGUGUUAGGUCUGGAUCCCUAUUAUGAUUAGCCCCAGGACAAAAAGAACGCUGUAUAUAUUUAGUUCAAUACCGUCCAUUCCAAAAUGUCAGCGUAAGACCUCAAUGCAGUUAUGUCACGGAUGGGUCUAAUGAUUACCCGGAGAUACAUUUAGCGAGAUAUUCUGAUUGAAUUAAUUGGAAUGGUCACUAAAUAUAACCUACAGAUAAUAGCUGGCCGUUGCAUUAGGAUAUUGCUCAACUCUCUGUAGAAGGGUAUCGGUUUAUACCUCAAGUAGAACACCGAUCAGGGUAUGGGCUAAGAUCUGAAUCAGCAAGAAGCAAAAGGGCUUCGCCACGCCUCCUGUUGAUAAACUGUUACACGAAUAUAAUAGUAUAUCCAAAGUAAAAUAUCUC